AUGUUCGAGAAAAAGUUCAACAUUGAAGUACAAACUUUACAGCCUUUACGUGAGUUUCUUGCACAACUGAAAGAAGAAGGUAGUCAGCCACAACUUAUAGACUUUCAUUAUGAAUUUAAUGAAAAUGAAGAUGGAACACAUGACUGUCAGUUUGUUAUAUAUUCACCAUUCAAUGAAGUAGCUAAAAAGAAAGAAAAUCCAUUACGUAUAAGAUUUCAAAUCUCUGAACCCAAUGAAGAUUUCAAGAAUGUUUUCAAUUAUGAUGCAAUGCUUCCGAGGAAAAAUGAAUUUUCAAAGAUUGUAACACCUGGCAUUUGGGAUAGAAAGCAAGCUAUAUUAUAUUCAAACUUAAGUAAGGGAGUUGAAAAUGAGUUCAUUGGUCAUACAAGAACUUCACCACUUCCUAACCCUAAAUACUAUAAAUUAACUGGCUUCAAUCGUGAGUUUUGGAUAGACAUGUUCUCCACUCAUGACCAUAACUGCCCAGUGUUCUUACCUCCAGACCAUAAAGACUGUCUCUACAUUGAAGCACAACUCUUAAACUCUACCAUCGCAGUAUUGUAA